AUGGAGGGAUUCAGUGAAGAGCAGACACUGUCGCUGGUUGCACAGAUCCAAGAUUGGCAGCAUGUCCGCUCGCAGACAGAGUCCAGCGUGUUCAGUUACCCGGUCGGGGUCUCGUGCUUCCCAACAGCAUUACCUCGCGCCAAAUUCCAGCAAGCGCUAGAGAUCCAAGAAAUUUACAAUCGGCUUUACUGCUCAGUCGCCGAGGACGAGCAGUGGAUCCACGAUGCCAUUCGAGACAUCAUCUCCGUCGAGCCCCUCGCCGCGGCACUCUGGAGUAUCUACGAAGCGGCUAAAGAAACAGGACACAUCCAGAAAAUCUCCGUAGGGAUCUUCCGUUCGGAUUACAUGCUCCAUCUGAACGAGGGGGCCGAACCUCAAUCCCCGAAUGCAGUAUUUGAAACGAGCUUGAAACAGGUCGAAAUGAACACCUUCUCCUGCUCUGGCGGAUCCCAUGCAAAUAAAGUAGGAGACAUGCAUCGGUAUCUUGCCCGAACGGGGAUAUACAAUGUGAAUGACGCGUCUUUGGAUAUCGCAUCACUCCCUGUCAAUAAGAAUAUCGAGUCACUCGCCUCCUGUCUCGCGUUGGCUCACACCACCUAUGGUGGACCAAGAAGUCAGGAAGCCAGACAGACGGCAGUAUUGAUGAUUGUACAGCCAAACAAUUUCAACACAGCAGACGAGCGCCCGAUAGAAUAUGCACUAUGGAACCGAGAAGACCCGGUACCAACCUAUCGACUCGAAUUUGGCCCCGAUAUUCUUGAACAUACCUGGCUCACGGAGAAUCGAGAAUUACUCUUCCAACCACCGUGGCUUGCAUCAAAAACCCCGGUGGAAAUCUCAGUCGUGUACCUGCGUGCUGGGUAUGAAGCGGAAGAAUACAAUCACGUCGGUUGGGAGGCACGACUCCAGCUAGAGAACUCUGUCGCGAUCAAAUGCCCUUCUCUUCUCGCACAUAUUACAACCUUUAAAAAGGUUCAACAGGCACUCGCCGCACCUGGAGCACUGGAAAAGUUCCUCUCGGGGUCGGACGCAGCCAAGAUUCGAGAGACCUUCGUACCAGUGUAUCCCUUAGACGAAUCCGAACAAGGCCUCUUCGCCCGAAAGCUGGCUUGCGAUCCCGAAAAAUCACUCAACUACAUUCUGAAACCUUCCCUAGAAGGCGGAGGACAUAACGUGUACGGGACCGAAAUACCAGAUUAUCUAGCCUCAAUUCCCCAAGAACGAUGGUACUCAUACAUCCUCAUGGAACGAAUUCAACCGCCGAUUCAAACCAACAUUCUUAUGGGACCCGCGGCUCUAGACAGUGGACAGACAGUCUCCGAGCUAGGCAUCCUAGGAUGCUGUCUAUGGCAAUCACAGUCCGACCAGACAUCCGAGCAUCGGUGCAAAAUGCUCCACAACUCGGUGGGCGGCUGGACCUUCAAGACUAAAUUUGCCGAAGUCGACGAAAUGAGUGUGGUUAAGGGGUACGGACACUUUGAUACGCCGCGAUUGAUGGAUCCUUGA